CAGGAGCAGCAGCAGCAGGAGCAGCAGCAGCAGCAUCAGGGAGGCGGCAAGAGGGCCCCCCGCAGCAUGCAAGACGGGCAAGGCAACAGCAGCUGGGGGGCCCCCCCUAGCAGCAGAAUUUCUAUGUCUUCAUUUAAGCUGCAGCAGCAAACAAAUGAUGCAGCUGCAGAUACACCUGAAAGAGCAGACAGCAGCUGCGAGCUAGAAGGAGACACCCCAGACUUCGAACCCCCUUUUGCUUCUGCAGCAGGAGCAGUAGACCCAGCCAACUGCGGAGGCUUCCAUUUGUUUUCUAUACACAUGUAUCUGCAGCAGCAGCAGCAACAGCAGCAGCAGCAGCAGCAGCAGAUAUCCUUCGACGAUCCCGGGGCGGAGUGGGGGGGUUUAGAAUUAGAGGGGCCGCUGCUGGAGCAGCAAGGUGCAGCAGCAGCAGCAGCAGCAGCAGAGCGGCAGCAGCAGCAGUGCGAGUUUAGAGCAGCAGCAGAAGCAGCAAAAGCAAAACGUCUUCGUCUCAGCCCUUCACAAGAAGAAGCAGCAGACAUGGCUGCAGCAUUUUCAAGUUGGUUGGAGAUCAUCACAAGCUGCGAUAGCGGCCCAGCAACAUCAGCAACAGCUGCUGCUGCAGCAGCAGCAGCAACAGCCCAAUCAGCAGCAGACCCGGCUGGUGCUGCUGGUGCUGCAGUUGCUGCUGCAGACAGCAGCAGCAGCAGCAAAAACGAACUCCCAGGAGGAGACAAAUUCCUUCGUACGGGGUCGAGAGAGAUGCAACAGCAGCAGCAGCAGCAGCAGCAGCAACAGCAGCAGCAGCAGCAGCAGGCUGUCUGUGCUGCUGCACCUAUCUCCCAGCGUGGGGGCCCCCAGUGGUAG